AUGGCACAAAAUAUUUGCAAUUUCUGCUCCGAAACGUUCACUGUUAAACGCGAAUAUUUGAGACACGUUAACAAGCAUUGCAGCGGAUGUGGACAGUUUUUUAGUAAUACAUAUCAAUUAAAAUUUCAUCAAAAGAAUUAUGGAUGUCCACCUAUGCAAAAUCAACCAUCUAAUAACUCAAGAUUAGACAAUAUAGAACAUGCAAACUGCAAUAGUGUUACCCUACCAUUGAUGCGGAAUCAAUUUAUAAUUGACCAAAUCACAGGCAAUGAUCAUAACAUUCCAUCCCAACAAAGUGAAGGCGGAAACAAGUUCUGCAAUGAGUGCCAUAAAGCAGUGCGAAAUAUGUCCGCUCAUCUUCGUAGUGAUGAACAUCGGCGUGUAAUUCGCCAAAUUUUUGGUGAAAAUAUCAAUAUUGUCAAAAACUCAUUUGGCAAAAAUAUACUAACCUUCGAGUAUAUUAAUGCAAAAAACAUUUUGCUGCCAAAUGAAUUAUUAAGCGAUGCCAAAGAAACGAUUGUCAGCUUGGUCGAGAAGAACUUUACGAGAAAUACGCCUAUAAAAUUCAAUAUUGAGCUUAUAGGAGAAUAUGUCAAGCCCACAAGUCAACGUGAUGAACCAUCAACAUCAAAUAUGGUUUUAAAUACAAGUCAAAAUAUGUUUUGCCAUAUGUCAAAAAUGUCGUUGAUAACGGAAGGUGACAAUAUAAGCCAAUUAUUCCACGAUCACGCGAAUCGUAUAAUUAAUAAAAUGUCUGAAUUUCAAGAAAGAGAUUCUGGCUGGGCUUUAGAGAAAAUCGUAAAGCUGAAUAUAAAUAUAUAUAAAGCUAAUUUAACUCGUGGCUCCCAGUUCUUGAAGACACCGCUCUCUUUAUCAAAAAAGAAUGCCUGUCUUAACAUUAGAAAUUACGAUGAAUUUUGCUUCAAAUGGUGUAUUGUGGCAGCUUUAUCGGAACCAGCAGCAGCAUGUGAUAAGUCUAAUCCGCAAUCAUAUAAUAUUAAUAUAACCGAAGAGAUUAUAUACUUGCCAUCCGGGGAGAUAUUGAAUUUUAGAGGACUUAGUUUCCCUAUGGCGAUAAAAAAUAUCAAGGAUUUUGAGGCCAAUAAUGAAGAUAUUAGUAUUAAUGUCUUCGGCUAUGAUGGAAAUCAGAUAGUUGGACCCUACUAUCUUACCCCAAAACGAAGGAAUCGUCAUAUUAACUUGAUGCUUCUUCAUGAGGGCGACAAGUUCCACUACAUAUUGAUCAUGGAUAUGUCACGGUUAUUACGUUCACAAAUAACAGCACAUAGAGGUAGAUCAAUCAUUUGUGAUGGCUGCAUACAAAGUUUCACCACGGAAGCCGUAUAUGCAAAACAUGAGAAGGAGUGUGUUGGGGUCGUAACAGAGAUGCCGAAAGAAGGAGAAAACAUUAUUCGGUUUAAAAACUACCACAAAAAGGAGAGAGUUCCAUUUGUGAUCUAUGCGGAUGCUGAAUGUAUUCUAGAGGAUUGGAACCCGGAGAACCUCAACACAAACACAAACACAGUAACGGUAAAAAGGCACAUUCCUUGUGCAUUUAGUUAUUAUAUUAAAUGUAGUUUUAAUGAUAGUUUAAGUAAAUUUUAUAUAUAUAGUGGCCCCAAUGCUGCGAGAAACUUUUUAGAAAAUCUUAUAGGGGAUUGUAAAUUUAUUUACAACACAUAUUUGUCAAAAACGGUACCAAUGAUUUCUUUGUCUCAGACAGAAUUAGAUGAUUUUAAUAGCAGUACUGUGUGUCACAUUUGUGAGAAAGAGCUAGGUAAUGACCGAGUUAAGGAUCAUUGUCAUUUAACUGGAAAAUAUCGAGGAGCUGCACACAAUGAAUGUAAUUUGAAAUACCAUGUGUCAAAAUUUGUGCCGAUAUUCUUCCACAAUUUUUCUUCUUAUGAUUGCCAUUUGUUCUUCAAAGAAUUAAUUCACUUUGAUGGAGAAAUUAAAGUAAUUCCAUUAAAUAAAGAAUUAUAUGUUUCAAUGUCAUAUUUCACUAAAAUGAACAACGAUUCAAACGAAAUGGUCGAUCAUAAUUCUUCGGUGAAUUCGAAAAACAAAUGGCGGAAUAAAUUUGAACUGAGGUUCUUGGACAGUUUUCGUUUUAUGUCUUCCAGUUUGGAUAGUUUGGCUAAAAAUCUACCUAAAAACGCAUUUCAAGCUGUUCGUACACAGUUUCCAAAUGAUGCUGAUUUCAAUCUGCUAACUAGGAAAGGAGUUUUCCCUUAUGAAUACGUGUCUUCAUUGGACAAAUUAUAUGAAAGAAAAUUGCCUAACCGAAAUGAAUUUUACAACAGGUUGACUGACAGUGAGUGUUCGUUAGAUGAUUAUAGACAUGCGCAGAAUGUAUGGAGGCACUUUGAAUGCCAAACUGUCAAGGAUUAUAUGGAGUUGUAUUUAACAGCAGAUGUCUUACUGUUGGCUGAUGUGUUCGAAAACUUUCGAAGUUUAUGCCUCCGUCACCAUAGACUUGAUCCUUGUCAGUAUUUCACAGUACCAUCACUAUCUUGGGAUGCCAUGUUGCUGUGCACGGGUGUUGAAUUAGAGCUAUUUACAGAUAUUAACAUGUAUAAUUUCUGUAAAAAUGGCAUUAGAGGUGGACUUACACAAUGUUCAAAUAGACACUCGGUAGCCAAUAGUAAAUACACUGAAGACUAUGACCCUAGUAAACCCGAGGUAAAUAUUUAUUAUUUAGACGUCAACAAUUUAUAUGGUAAAGCAAUGACACAAUGUUUGCCACAAAAAGAUUUUAAGUUUUUAACUCAAGAAGAGUUGGAAAUAUUCAAUGACGUCAGUAAAAUAUUAGCGAUUCCACAUGAUUCACCAACUGGUUAUUUUUUUAAUGUGGAUUUAGAAUAUCCAAAAAAUCUGCAUGACAAACACAAUGAUUUACCCUUUUGUCCUGAAUCCAAAUGUGUCGGUGGCUGUAAGAUCAAAAAGUUGAUUGCAGAUUUGAAUGACAAAACGUCUUAUACAAUUGAUUAUAGAGUGCUUCAACAAUGUAUCCAGCAUAAUUUAAUUCUUAAAAAAAUUAAUAGCUGUUUACAGUUUACGCAAUCUAAUUGGCUUGCAGCAUACAUAAUGAAAAAUAACAAUCUCAGAGCACAAGCCACAGAUGCUUUCGCAAAAAAUUUUUAUAAAUUUAUGAAUAAUUCUGUUUAUGGCAAAACAAUGGAAAAUGUGGACAAAAGGAAAAUCGUGGAAAUAAGAAACCAUUGGGAAUCUUAUGGGAAGCGCUGGGGUGCACGGGAAUUUAUUUCAAAACCAAAUUUUCAUAGUCUUACACACUUUUCAGAUGAAAUGGUGGCAAUUCAAAUGAACAAAGUGAGGGUGAAGUAUGAUAAACCGAUAUACCUUGGAUUUUGUAUUCUAGAGUUAUCGAAAUGGGUCAUGUACGAUUUCUUUUAUGAUUUUUUAAAAGUUAAGUUUGGAAACGACUUCAUAUUAAACUAUAUGGAUACUGAUUCAUUCAUACUAACGUUCACUAACCGCAACCUCUUUGCUGAACUAUCACGAGAGGAAAUACUGGCUAGAUUUGAUACAUCAGAUUUUUCACCAUCCAAUCCAUAUAAUAUACCUCUUCUUAAUAAAAAAGUUAUAGGAAUGAUGAAGGAUGAGAACUGCGGAAAGACGGUAUCGGAAUUUGUAGGCCUAAGACCAAAAAUGUACGCUAUGAAAGUCCACAAUAGUGAAGAGGUAAAGAAAUCAAAGGGUGUUAAAAAAUCUGUUAUGAAGCAGUACACCAUUGACACGUAUAGGGAUUGUCUGUAUAAUCGAAUAAAAUAUUAUAAUAGUAUGUAUACAUUUAGAUCGAGGAAACAUGAGAUAUACACAGACAAUAUAACUAAAGUGUGUCUCAGUUUCCAAGAUGAUAAAAGAUUUAUACGGGAAGAUGGUGUAAGUACGUAUGCUUGGGGCCAUUAUAAACUUAAAAAUGAUAACGAAGAUGAGGUAGCCCUUUCAAAUGAAGAGAAUUCUGUGAUCCCAAUGGAACUUGAUUUUCAUAUUGAAAAUGCAAGCGACAAUUCUAUUUUUGAAUUGAUCGCAAAUGUAAAUAGUAAUGACGUUAUAGAUUUAGAAAAUAUAAGUAUUUCUAAUUUUCCUAUAGAACUAGAUGUAGAUAUAAAUAACAUACCUCCUGUAAAUACAAUAGACAUUCCUUUAGACGGGGAUGACAAAUCUAUUUUUGAAUUGUUGGGGGAUUCAGAUAGUGAAUAUACAAAUUGUGAAUCUCUUGAUUUUAUACAAUUUUUAAAUUUUAAUGAAAAUGACUUUGUAAAUAAAUAAAACAAUCUGUAUAUAUUUAGUAAAACAUUUAUUGCUUAAAAAUAAAAAAAAAAAAAAAAUCAAACAUUUAGUUUUAUUUCACAAAUAUACUUAAUAUUAAGACAUGGAAGUAUAAAUUACUUAUACAGCUUUUCGAACAAUUCCGGUUAAAGGUAUGUACUCCACCAGGCGGUCAUGAAUGAUUAGACAAUAUGAUGAGGUGUUUUGAGGUAUUGGGAUAUUGGUGGUAAAUUCGAUUUUUAAAUCAAUUGGUCCAUUUUUCACAGCUUCAUUUUGAUUGCUUAUAUCAAUAACGGUAAUUGGAUUAUGUUUAAACGUAGUGUAUGUUAGAAGCGGUUGUGGUUCCCUCAUAUAAUAUGUUUGUUGAAAUUUGGCAUACAUGUCAUAAAGUAUUGCAUAACGAUUCUCUGAGAACUUAAGAUUUAAAUCAUCAUAAGGGUAUGUCUCAGAAUUCAAGUGUACUUUGAUGUUCUCAAGAUCACAGUGGAUCAAUUUGUUGUCUCUUUCAAACACUAAAGCAACAUAUCGCGGUCUUUCAUGAUUGGCAGACAUUUUAACACUCCAAUUAUGUUUUAAACCACCAGAAAAAGUUGGAUUAAAAUAACAAUCCCAACUACGAAACGCCAGCGGCAAUGUUUUUCCUUCCUUUAUAGUUUUCAGAAAACUAAUUUUUCUAUAAUCAGACAAAUGAAUGUGUUGAACUUUCCACACAAUGUUUGUGAUUGUUAGUCGAAUGUCUUCUUUCGAGUCAGUUGAAUAACACACAUUCAUGUCAUUAGCGCUCCGCAAGAGAAUUAAAUCAUGCUUACUAUUGCAUAUUACUUUGUUGAAGUCUUCAGCAAAUCCCAGCAGACGAUUCAAGGGUACACAAAAGUUAAAAGAAUUAGUGGUUAUAUCACCAUCUACGUUCCAUCCUGCUUUACUCAUAACAUUACUUUCAAAUGGAUUUAAAGAAAUCCAAUUUUUAAUUUUUGUUGACAUUCCAAGAUAGCGUGUACGAUCAAUUUCAACACCGUUUAGUUCGUAACGAAUUUCGUCAAACAUAUACCCCACACAAUUAUUCCUCAGUCUAGCGUUUGAUGAAAUUUCUCCAUUUGCUUUUCUCAAAUGCCCUUCAAUGUACAAAUAGCUCUCUGAUGGUAAUAUGUACAAAUCUUGGUUUUGAAUGCUUAUACGUAUUUCAUCAUUGUUUUUAAAUGAUUGAACAUAAGGAACAUAGCUGUGAUAAUCCCGCUUUAUGAUAUUCUCAUCAGAGAAUGGCCGUUCAUUUAUAUUAAGUACUUCAGACAUUGGGUUUUACUUUUAAUUUAAGUAAUUUUAAAAACUCUUUAUUUUCCUUAGUUAGAAAUGGUCUUGUCGGCUUGACAACUUUAUGUUGAAUGCUUUUAGGAGUUUGUUUAUAAUUGUAUUUAUUGUAUAUAAUCAUGAUUGUCUUGGUCUUAUAUGAAUUCGAAGUGUGAUUUCCUCUCCCCGAAAGUUUAUCAGUCGACCUUCUUGAUCUAGUAUUAAUAUUUCAAGACGACUGAUUUCCUUGACGUUCAAAGGCAAAUAAAUGAGGUUCAAUGGUCUUUCAUCCAAUUUA